CUUGCUGCACAGAUAAAUCGGCUGGGUGGAAUGUCGCGGAUUUAUCGCAGGCCUACCAAUUUGAUCAAUUUGGGAUUAAUCUCGAUUACAGUGUCAAGGAACUGAGCAGCGAUGGAUUUGUGUGACCGUAGAAUACAUGUUUGGAUACAGUGUUUUGUAUUGCUUUGUUCAUGGGGAUUGUCUUCAGGACAGAUCGUCUACAUGGUCUCAGAGGAGGUGGAUAAAGGCACAGUUGUUGGAAAUAUAGCCAAAGAUCUCAAUCUAAAUGUGCAAGAUUUGGAGUCGAGAGGAGUUGAGAUUGUAACUGGAUCGAAUAAGAGGUAUUUUGACGUAAACCGGAAGACUGGGCUUCUGUAUGUCAAUGAAAUAAUCGACAGGGAGAUGCUGUGUCAGAAUUCAGUCAAGUGUUUUGUAAACGUUGAAGCCAUUUUGAAAGGUCCAACACAUCUCCACCGCAUAGAAAUCAAUAUUUUAGACAUAAACGACAAUGCACCAUCAUUCCGAGAGACAGUUCAUAUUUGUAAUAUUACUGAGUAUGCCUCUCCAGGAGAGAGAUUUUCUCUGCCUGAAGCCCAGGACAUGGAUGUUGGCAGUAACUUGGUGAACGCCUACAAACUGAGCCCAAAUGAACACUUCUCUCUGGAUGUACAGAGCGGUGGAGAGCAGGUGUCUGCUGAGUUGGUGCUACAGAAAUCUUUAGACCGAGAGAAACAGGCUGUUAUCAAGCUUGUGCUGACUGCCAUUGAUGGAGGAAAACCACCGAGAUCCGGGACAUUACAGAUUAUUGUUAACAUUAUUGAUGUAAACGAUAAUUCCCCAUCUUUCAGCAAACAACUCUACAAAGUUCAGAUUCCUGAGAAUGUCUCAAGUGGAACGACAAUUCUUAUUUUAAAUGCGACUGAUUUUGAUGAGGGUGUAAACGGAGAUAUAAUGUAUUUCUUAACGGCAAAGGGAGAUGCAAAACAUGCUGAAAUAUUCUCCAUUGAUCCGCAGUCGGGAGUUAUCACCUCUAAAGGCAAAAUAGACUACGAGGAAAGUACAGCAUUUGAGAUCCGUGUACAGGCUAAGGACAGAGGCGUCCCUCCUCGAAGCACGCAGUGUAAAGUCUUAGUUGAAGUGCUUGAUGAGAAUGACAAUGCCCCUGAGAUAGCUGUAACAUCACACAUGGGCGCAGUGAAAGAGGACUCUCCAAUUGGCACUGUUGUCGCAUCUAUAAAUUCAUUAGAUAAAGAUGGAGGUAAAAAUGGACGUGUUUUGUGUGCCAUAGUCGGAGAAGUUCCCUUUAAACUUAUUUCUACUUAUAAGAACUAUUAUUCUGUAGUAGUGGGCGGCCUCUGGACAGAGAGAGCGCAUCGCAGUGCAAUGUCACCAUCAUUGCUAAAGAUGAGGGAACACCUCCUCGCUCCAGUACCAGUGUUAUAACAGUAGACAUAUCUGAUGUGAAUGACAACCCACCUCGCUUUUCAGAACUAACAAUAAACAUGUUUCUAAAGGAGAAUGGUCCUGUGAGAGAUUUAAU